UUUUUUUGUUGUGCGUCAUUCUUCCUUUGCUUUGUGGAUUUUUGCAUGCGCUUCAAUUUUGUUUCUCGAGUUUUCGCGGCAUAAAUUCGUCACCGACAAAAAUAAACUACAUUCCUAGCAUAAAAAGAUAAUACGAAAUGGCUGGAACUUCACAAAAAUACAGAAACUUUGUGGCCGAGCCGAUGGGCAACAAAUCUGUGACAGAAUUAGCUGGCAUUGGUGAGACGCUAGGAGGACGCCUAAUUGAGGCUGGAUUUGAUAAGGCCUACACCGUGCUUGGUCAGUAUUUGAUACUCAAAAAAGACGAGGAGCUGUUCAAGGACUGGAUGAAAGAAGUAUGCAAUGCAAGUUCAAAACAGGCGUCUGAUUGUUACAAUUGUUUGAACGAUUGGUGUGAAGAGUUCCUGUAAAGAUUUAACAAUUUCCAUAACAGAUUUUUUACUAAAAAUAAUAACACGCACCAUUUAUGUACGUGAGACUCGCAUACAGUGCGUUUAAGAAAUGUUUUUCGAAUUGUAUGAUCUUUUGUAUCAAAAUCACUUUUUAUAUAAGUAAUAUCUAAAUGUAAUUUAUAAUACACGUUUAAAUGUCUUUUAAAAUAGCAAUUAACUAUAAAAAUGUAUCAAACUAAAUCACUUGCGCAAAGAAUGAUCAGUUCUGCAGUAGCCGUUAAAUUCAUUGAUAGUCACCUUGAGUUCCAAUUAGUGCAAUUGGUGUUUUCAAAUAGUUUAAACGUUAGGUAAUAAAUAUAAAAAUAAAAACUGAAAAUACAUACCACCAGCUA